AUGACCCUGUUUAUGGCUGCAAACUUCUUUUGUGCUAUUCUUUCUGGUCCCUUUCUGCUGUCUGUACACCCCAGAGUUACCUCAUGGGGCUUCAUUGGGGGACUUUUAUCAUCAGUGGUGGGGUUGUUGUUAUGUGCACUCGGAGCUGCAAAAGCACAAGAUAAACACUUCUCCUUCUCCUUCUUUGUACCAGAUGAUAUCUCCACUCUACCUUAUCUUAUUGCCUUCAUCGUGGCCCCUCUAUCCGGCGCUGCAGGUACUGUGCUGGUUAGCGUGCUGGAGAUACACCUCAGGAGACGCAUGUCAGCAGCAGCAGCAGCAAACGACAAAGCCACCGCUGGUGCCCCUGGCACCACACCCCCAAGACAAUCACCAACCGGGCUCCCAACCAAAGAACCCCCAGAGGGAGAGGAGCAGAGCAGCAGCAGCAGCAACAACAACAGCAGCAGCAACAACAACAGCAGCAGCAAUGCCAGCAGCUACGACAACAGCAACUCCUGCCAGGCCUUGCAGUCACCCGAAACGGAGGUGCACACCGUGGAGGUGGUGAAUUUGGCGUGA